AUGAUAGCAAAGCAUCAUGAUAGCCUCUUCAGUGACAUGACGGGUAAAUUACAGACAUGGCUGUCUUGCCAUUACCAGGAUAACUCUGACAUUAUCCAGUAACAGACAUUUUAAAGGGGCUAUGUCACACUGUUUGCUAUCUUUGAAAAAGCUAAAACGUGUCUUCGCGUCAAUUGAAUUCCAAAAAUAAUGUUCCAGAUCGUUAUUUUAGACCAUAUUUAGUCAUUGAAACUGUUUCCCGUCGCCUGUUUCUAUGGAUGAAGUGGUCGCUAUGAGAGAGUUGGUAUAGGGUUAAAGAAAAACCAAGAGACGAAAGGAGGAAUAGACCGUAAAUAUGACCUUAAACAGUGAGAACGCUUUAACGCAAAUUUAAUUUUUAAAUAUUUUCUUUAUGCGUGUUUUCGAUAUUUGAACAUGUAACAAACUGUUGUUAAAAUUAGAAAUCAUCCACCUCUUCCCACUGAAUAAUUUAGACAAUGCCCUCCCCCUCUCUUAGUGUUUUAAGUUUUUCCCUCUGCCCCCGCCUCACGUUUUACAACUUCCCUCUCCCAAUAAUUGAAACGCCUCUCCCAAUAAUUGAAAGGCAGUCCCUAAAGGUAAUGCGUGCGUUUUUUAUUCGACUUUUUCCGCCCAUACUUAACUAGAACUACGGGUAUCGCAGAACCUAGCGCGGCUGGAGGAGCGGGGGAGAGGCCUAUAAAAUGUCAGGGAUGGAAGGGGGGAAAGAAUCGGAGUAAAUUCUAUAGCUUGGGAGGGCGGGUUUCAACACUGGCUCUAAUAUUGGAAGGUGAGAUGUAGUUAAUCUCCUUUUGGUCGGAGUAAAUUUGAGACCAGUGCUCUGUCUGGGAUUUAAAUGGGGUUGGUGUUGUUAAGGAACGGUAGCCAAUGUUUCAAGGUCUCGUUUUGACCCUCUUUGACCCUCCUACAUGUGUAACUAUAGUUAAAAGAAAAUGGGUGUGAUAGUGAAUAACUGCAGGUGAAUAUGCAGCUAACCCAUGCCAUCUUUAAUGAUACGUGUAAUAAUAAUUCGCUACAAUUUGUCACACAUUAUCGGUGUUAUAAACUGUUCAUUGUCAAAAAAAGCUUUCUGUAAAACCCAUUGUAAUUGCAUAUGUCGCAGUAUGUCUCUGAAGGUUGGAUAAUAUGGCUAAAGGCUAAAAUUAUUCUGAAAAACUCACCAAAAGAUAUGGCACCAAAAAGUGAUUCGUCACAUUAGAAGAAUAUUACACUAAUUAUUCAUAGUUCUCUUAGCUCAAUAAUAAUUCGGUUCAGUAGGACUUUUUUUGGGACACUAUACUAAGGCAAUCACAUUUACAGCUCUAUUCCCUGGACUCCAAGUAUUUUGCAACCUUUUUUUUAUUAUUAUUAAAUGCUUUUUUGUAGUAAAGCUUUGGCAACCGGCAACUACUACGACUAUUGAUCCUGAAUGCGAGGAAAAUGAAGAAUUAGAUUCGCAUGUUUUAACUCACCCGGACUCAGUUUCAAACUCAAUGCGACGUUCAUUUCCUUGGUAAGUGAAAUCCAUCCAACUUCGUAGCAGAAUACCACUGAAAUGGUUCUAAAAGCAAAUAAAAUACAUGCGUACCAGUGACAUUUCAGUCCCUGGCAAAGCUAACCUAGACGUGUUGGGUGAUAGCAGACAAAACAAACGAAAAGUGUCAAGGUCAGCAUUUUAAACUGCCUUUAAACUUUAAAGGUUCAAAACUAUAAUUUUAUAGAUAUGUCGAAAAGCUUUUAGAGUCAAUUUUUUUAUUGGUUGGAUUUUAAAUUGGUUUUAUUAAAGCAAUAUUUUUCAGAAUAUAAUGUUUUGAACGCCUGAAUUAUAUAUCUAAGACAAGACGCUGAAACAACCCUUGACUGCCAUUAGAUUUAAUAUUGAUUAUUGAAGCAAUUUUUAGAGCAACCUCCUGAGAUGCUUCCUUGUCUUUGGAACGGCUUCGAUUUAGACGCCAAACUUUUCACGUACCGAACCCUAUGCAUAAAUUAUUAUAACGUAUCUCGCAAGCAGUUUGACCCAAAAAAGCAUUUUUCGCCUUUUGAACUUAGUUCAGCUGCAAUUAAGAUCGGCGUCUGAAUCAAUUCAGCCGAUCUAAAUAAGUUGGGUCGGCCUUAAGGUGGCUCCGUAAUUAAUACAAGAGCAUUUAGCUGUGACAAAUUUUCCGUCAUAACUUUUUCGAUUUUAACGCGGUGGCUGCGAAACGUUGCAAAGAACAACAGACAUCAUUCGGCGAUAAUAGGAAAUAUUCCGAUUUCAUUGAAGGUAAAUAUUUCUUGAGAAAUUAGCGUUUAAAAGGACCGUAAUAUUCAAAGAAAAUCGCGUCUAGUAAAAAAUGUUGCGGAUAUUUUUUACUGAAAUUUCUGGUAUCGGCUUUAAUUGAUAUAAUAAAUAUGCCAGUUCAGAAAAAUCAUUGGAGCAGAAGUCCGUAACUAAAAGUCGCUCAAAAUUCAGCUGUGAAAUUGUUUUGGAAUUUCAAAAAUAAAUUACUAUCAGGAAGAAGGAGACACCAGUUUCAAUUUUCGGGACAAGUAAAUUCAGUGUUUGCUAAUUCUGAAAACAGAAGCCGAUUGCCUAUCGUGCUAUUCUUUAAAAGGUACUUUUCAGUUUUAGAAGCACUAUAAAUUGCUCCAAACUUUGCUCUGACGUCGACUGACUUGUUCCUCGACAUUUUUAAAAUAUCCCUUGGCAGUUUUGGUUCACACUCCUGCUACAUACAUUUUGAUGUAUUGCAAUGCAUCCUCAACGGCUUUUCCUGCUGUACUUUUUUUCCAAUUUAGGAAAAAGGUAUUGGCGUUGUAAGCUACCUUGUAUCAAAGCUCAGAUAGAACUGUCGAGCACCUUUGUUUAUGACCAGAAAAUGAGCACGAGCGGCAGCUCUGCGAGGAAUUCGCACCUCAGCCAGGGGGGACGAGUGACAAUGAUGCCCAUGUCUGUGAACCGAUCUGUAUAAACAUGUAUUACAGAGCAAAACACAAUAAUCAAGAAAAAAAUACCCAUUCAUUGAAGGAAGGAGUGAUAAAAAUUUUGGAGUUGUAAAUUUAUUCACGGGCAGUAUUUUUGCGAUAAUUUUAUUUUGCACUGUGAUGUCAUUCGGUUCGCAGGCAUGGUCAUCAUUGUCGUUCGUCCCCCCUGGGUGAGGUGCGAAUUCCUCGCAGAACUGCCGCUCGUAAAAGGUGCUGGACAGUUCUAUCUGAGCUCUGAUACGAGGUAGCGUCCAAUCUCAACACUUUUUUCCUGAACUGGAAGCAACGAACAGCAGUAAAAGUCGUUGAAAAUGCAUUGCAAUACAUCAAAAUGUAUGUAGCAGGAGUUUGAGCCAAAACUGCCAAGGUAUGUUUUAAAACUGUCGAAGAACAAGUAAUUCUACUUCAGAGCAAGGUUUGGAGCAAUUUAUAGUGCUUCUAAAACUGAAAAGUACCUUUUAAAGAAUAGCACGAUAGGCAAUCGGCUUUUGUUUUAAGAAUUAACAAACGUUGAAUUUACUUGUCCCGAAAAUUCAAACUGGUGGCUCCUUCUACCUGAUAGUAAUUUAUUUUUGAAAUUCCAAAACAAUUUCACAGCUGAAUUUUGAGCGACUUUUAGUUACGGACUUCUGCUCCAACGAUUUUUCUGAAAUUCCUCUGGCAUAUUUAUUAUAUCAAUAAAAGCCGAUACCAGAAAUUUCAGUAAAAAAUAUCAGCAAAAUUUUUUAAUAGACGCGAUUUUCUUUGAACAGUAGGGUCCUUUUAAGCGCUAAUUUCUCAAUAAAUAUUUACCAUCAAUGAAAUCGGAAUAUUUCGUAUUAUUGCCGAAUGAUAUCUGUUGUUCUUUGCAAAGUUUCGCAGCCAUCACGUUAAAGUUGAAAAAGUUAUGACGGAAAAUUUGUCAUAGCUAAAUGCUCUUGUAUUAAUUACUGAGCCACCUUAAUUCGAAUCAAGUUCGGCGUCUGAACCGGGUCUUACAGCCAUUUGAAUUCCCUGCUCCUGAUUGGCCAGAAAAAAAUCAAUCAGUGAAAAGGAGCAGCCUGGUGACUCUGGUGAUUUCUUACACGACUUAGUUUUGCCCAUUGAUCGCCACAGUUGCGUAGCAUGUUCAACGGGGAAAAGUUCCUCGUGGAAAGUUUCCGAACAAAAUUCGAACAAAGCCUUACAAGUUACAAGCUUUAGCACGGCUACAAGAAACAAACGAUGUCCCAUGAAUUUUUACGGCGGAUCUGUCUAAGGUAUUGUGAAUUUUUAAUUUUAUUGCUGAUACGCGAUGCAUGACCUUCACUUUCCACACCUUUGCUCACUAUUUGUAAUAUACAACGCCUGAAGCUUACAUUUUACAUCUCCAUGUUCUUUACACGACUUCUGAAACUUUUUCGGCUUCGUUAACAUUUUCUUCUAAAACGUUCCUCGAGAAACUGUCCCGUUGAACUCCCUACGCAACCAUGUCGAUCGAAGAGGAAAACUACGUCGUGUAAGAACACACCAGAAUCACCUGGCUGCCCCUCAUUUGCCAGAAAAAUAUUUUAUCUGGCCAAUCAGAAGUAGGCAAUUCAAACGCUUCUGAAACUGGUUCGGUAAGAGUAAGUGCCCAGGGGCUGUUCUCGAUCUUAUAGUAAACUUUCACCACGAAUUUUGUAUGGUCCCGACCAGCUGCCCCUUGGUCUCCAAGGAUGCCUAAGAUGCUACCCGCCCCUCAAUAAUAGGUGUCACUGCACUUGUUUAAACGUUACAGUGCCUUCAUUUAGUCGGUUUGCCACUGAAGAAGUAUUCAGUGUGUUGCACUGCGACAGUCAAUCAAAUUCGUAAUCGGUAUAGAAAUUUGCUUGUAUUAUAAUUAUAUCGUUUAAUCCAUAACAUUACUGCAAUUGUUUGUUUGCGGGUGGACUUUGUCACUUUGUGGUCCCAUGCUGUCACAUUAGUGCUGAUUCAGUCAUGUCUGUUACAUUUGGAAACUCAUUUGUGUUAAAUCGCGGCUAUCAAAUCGUUCAUGUUCUUUAAAAUAUAAACCGCUAUCGUUGUCGCUUUUAUAGAAAAUGGAGUCACAUCGGGCUGGGAGCUACUUUUUUCACAAACAAAAUAGUGGACCAAAGAGGAUUGAAAUUGGAAUUCUUUGCCGAAAGAAACCUUAACUUGCACUUCAAGCCGGGGAGCGUAGUGAUCGUGCUCAUUGCUUGAUUCAAGAAAUUUAUCGAUUGGAUUAGUUCACAGCCACCCUGAUCCACACAACCACUGUUAAAUCUUGGAUCGACUUUACUUUAUCAACUUUAUCAAGCCAUAUACUUUGUUAAUUUCGUAAUAUAGUUCUUCAGUUAGUAUAGGUAAUAGCAUGAUUUGUAGUGAUAUUUGGCAUAAAUACCACAAGUGAUAUUUCGAAAAAGUUAUACGUAAUUUCACGAGCCGUUAGGCCAGUGAAAUUUGAGACAAUUUUGAAAUAUCACGAGUGGUAUUUUAUUCAAAAUAUCCCGUACAAAUCAUGCUAUUAUUUGUUUAUACUACUACCCGCUAAAGGUUUGUAAUUUUCACAUGUAGGUAUUUCAAAUUAAGCUGCAAUACCACUGCUGUAAGCUAAUCAAAUUGCAGAAAUUUCUCAUUUAGUAGUAUAAAUAAUAUAUAAGGACAAUUUCAGUGAGGUUGCAAAUUGCUUAUAUUCCUAUCUGUCGGCCGUUAAUUUUUUUUAGCAUUGCACCACAUACCAGCUCUCUCCUUUUCGAUAUAGAGUUCCUGCCCGACUAGGAAGUCUGUCUUUCGAAACAUACAGCUUUACACUGAAAAUCUUCUUUUAACAAAGUGGGAAUAAUGGUGUUAACCUAAUCAUGUCACAAUUCAUUGUAGCAUGGUCUCCAAGAAUCGUUGUAUCAUGGUUUGAUCAAGCCAGAAUUACGUUGCAACUGUACUGUCUUAUAUUUAUCCGCAUUCAAGUGCCUUUGACUAUUGAAAGCACUAUGUAUUGUUGUCGAAUAUAUCUAGUUUUAGACCUGAAUUGACAGAGAUAAGAUAAAUGUUAUUUCUGAUGGUUUUUAAUGUGAAAGUAGGAAGUUUCUAGAUUGAUACACCUAGAAAAACUAUAAACAUAAAUAUACAUAACCAAAGUGUCGUAGUCCUCUGAAUAUAAAACCUACUUAAAACAUUAAGUAACACAUUCAUUUUAAUUGCUUAUUGUACUGAGGAAGCUUGUAGUAUUCUGAAAUAGGCAUUAUAUAACGUAACUAACCAGAACCUACAUUAAACAGUCACCCUUCAGGAAUAGACAACUGUCAACAACUGACUGCUUAUUACAGGUUGACCGUUAAAUACAGGUUUGACAAACCUAAGAGUUUGUCAGGAAAAUGAAGAUGGUCAAAGAGUGAAAUAUCCAGGUAUUACAUGUUAAAGUGCUUCUACCUAUCUACAUAUCUUUCUCGGGAAAACCUUUCUGAAAACCGGUGUACAAACAUUUCUUAUUUGAUAAUAUGCAGAAACUCUCCUUUUCGUUCUGCUUACUUUAACUAGCAUAUUGUACCCUCUUUAGCGCUUUGUUGUAACUAUUGCUUUAUGAAAUGUAUUUUCUUUUUCAAGGCUUGGGAGGGUGGCUUUGGCAUAGAAUUUAUUAUCAUCAUGCUGAAAAAAAAAAAGCAAAAGGAAAGAAAGAUAUGCUCAACUUUGAAGUCCAUCAUAAAAGGCUGCUUUGCUUAUAAUUGGGUCCAAAAUGUUUACAAUUUGCGGAGGUCAUAAUUUUUUGCAUCUCAUUGAUUUUACACAAUUGGGAUUUUUUAAAUUGAGCAGUUUGCUUAAGCGUUAUUUACAGUUGUAAUAUUUUGAACGGAUUGCUCGUGUUUGAUAAACAAAAUAUUAUCAAUUGGAAUAUAUUUGUUUGACACUGACUCUAACAGAAAUGAGCUUCUGUUCGUUUAGUAGGCUUGACACAUUUGAUUGACAUAAACAUUAAAAAGCGUAGUUGACAAGUAGUGUUUAUACGGCCGAAAAAUUUUUUUUUUCCUCAUAAUUUUUAGGUGCCUAUGCCAACCUAUACAAAGAUGGUGUAGCCAAAAUGGUAUUUGGUAAGUAUCGCCAACCCUAUGUAUAUUGUUACAUCUAUUAGAUUCAGUGUCAUAAGUUAUUGCAAUUGGAGUCAUCAGAAAGGCUAUCCUCCCUCUUCUUAGCCGAGCGCUGACCACUUACUUGCCAAUUUUUUUUUUUUGUGCUAAUCAAAGUACCUAACCAGCUACGUCCUUUCCAGUCGGAUGAAUUAAAACAGUAAGUGUUAGCUCUGAAGAAUUUCAAAAUAAACAGAACUGUCAGCAGCGUAUUUAUCAGACUAGGAAAAACUUCUUAAAAACCAAAAUAUAUACGUGUAAAAACCAUUUAAUAUAAUUCAUCAUUCGUCCUGUUUUAAUUUUCAUUUAAAGCCUGACGUGAUUCAUCUCAGAUAUGCUUUGAACAGUUCUUUUUUUGCUAAACCUUACCGUGCCUACAAGUGAUAUAUGUUGAAAAGGAAUGAUCAAGAGGUUCAUGAUAAGAUCAGGAUGCCUAGGGGUUUUUGCUCCCUGAGAAACCCAAUUUUAAUCAGUGCUUUACUAGUAAAGUCAUAAAAAAUUAAAGGUGAUUGAUUGUAUAUGCUCCCACCACAAAUGUGUCUUUAUGGUUGCAAACUGACGACGUAAAAGAAACACUUUUUGACUCGUAAAGAAGUCCCGUAAGCAAAAGUACUGGCUUUAAAUCAUGUGGAGUAUUUUAAAAUCGUUUAUCGUUGGCUCUGUUUUCUCAAAGAUUGUUUUUGGAGAGAAUUUGACAAAUAUUGAAGAAGGGAUCAAAAUCGAUUUAGAACGUAAGUCAAUCUGUUCCAUGAUAAUUAACCAGUAGAUAUAAGUAUUCCUCGGGGUACUAUAAAUUAUAUAGUAUCUGACAUAUAUUGAUUAUUUUUGCAUUGGACCAUAAAUGCAAUCGUACAAUAAACUUACACUUAAAGUGAUCAGCAAGCUCACGCGCGAACAAGCGGGAUAACAGGUUUGCAGCACACCAAGUUUGGUAUAAUUUUCUGUCGCAAAGAAGCAUCUCACGACUCCCACUCCAGGAUUACCUUAAGCUUCCAGCAGCUCGAAAAAGACUGACUAUAAUGUGGUUGCUCAUUCCAGCAUUUUACUUCUAUUUCCUUGUCAAGGGAAUCUUAACUGCUGUAUUUCCACGAGAUUGUAGUGUUAAGUAAUAUUACGAUUACCUUAUAACUGUUUUCUCAUAGGAUUCUAUUUGAUUUAUUUAGUAAGAAAAUUAAGGGUUCCUUUUAUUAAUUUUCUCCCAUUCCUUAUAGUUACUUGGUCAAAUAUGGUACCAAGCAAACUAAAAAGAAGACUUAAUUAUAGGCGUUGUAUCCAUAACCCAAAGGAGGUAUCUUAAGUACCGCACUUUCAAAUUAUGCAAUAAAACAUGAGUUCUCUAAUAAAAUGUGUCUACCAUUAGAUAUGGGCGAUGCUUACAAAAAAAUGCAAAUGUAAAUUGCAAACCACAUGACUGUCAAUCAAACAAAACGAUAACUUGCCUGGUGUUUGGGUGAUUAGUCGAUUUUUUUUUCAAAGAGGUCGUUUUCAAUCAGUUAAAGAGCUUUUGUUUAUUGCCUUGAAAUUAAAAGCUGACUUUGCAGCAUUUCUUCUUAAUGAGCUCUUCGUAACUGGCAAACGAAAGAUACAUUUUUAUGUCAAAUUAUAAACAAAGAUCAGGAGAAAUGUCUUGUAAUUUUUGUCUCAGUUUUUCUUUGGUCAUCAGCUGGUCUUCAAUAUUACCUCAAUAUUUCCUUCCCUUCAGAAUCACAUAUUAAGCUGCUUUCUAAGUUGCUCUCCCGGUUGCUGUUUUAUUUUAUUAUUUUUUUGGAGAAAAUAGAGGGUAAAAAUAUACAGCAAAGAUUUUAUCAUUUUUAAAAACUUGCUAUAUCAAAGCCAAAAAUUAAUGUGGUUUAUUAAUGAAACACCUCUUAAAAAAAUAUAUUUAAGCACUGUUAUCUUAUGUAACAAUAGAUCUCUUAAUAACUCCGAGAGCUGCAUGCGUAAUUUGCAUCAGCGAGCAAAUGACUUUCGUUUCUGUGGGCAAGGAAAAAAUUCUUCUUGAAGUUUAAUAGGAUAACAAGUGGUUAGCACUUUCUGUCUCGACAGGAAAAGACUACGUUUAAUGUAUGGAAAGAAAGUUUUAUACCAACUCAUUACUGGGAAAAAAUUAUUUAUGGAAAUGAAAACUGGUAGAAAGGAUUGAACUUUUUUCAGACAAAAAUAGUAUUUUCGAAUUGAACAGGAAGAUUUCUAGGACUAAACAAAAUUGAUAUUCUUCUUAAAAAAAGUUUCCGAGAUCCGUUUUCCCCUCACGACCAUUUGUUAUUCACAGUGCUAAUUGUCAGACCACAUAUCACACUGAUCAUAAAUAGGUUGUACCUUAAGUCAGACCACGAAGGAUAAUUUUUCUCUGAAAAUGUCUGGUCGUGUAAUGGUCAUUCGCCAGUACUGCUGUUGACUAUUUUCUUCAAAAAUACUUUGCAUUACGAAUUUGCCCAGCUCUGUCAGCUCUCUGUGACGGUCAAAUGAAUGCUCAGUUUAUAUACAAAAAAGAGCUAAUGUAGAAUACAGUCAAGAAAUCAUCCGUCAAAUAGCGCUUAAUGAUGAGUUAAGGAGUAAUAUCGGAUUAUUCUUAAGGCAGGGAAUACCUAUUUCUUAACUUACCUUUCGUUUGUGCAAAGAGCAGAAAUAUCUCUCAAUUGUUUUCUUCCUUUUAAGAAUAAGUACAGAAGUAUUAAUUAAAUUUCUCUUUCUAAUUGACAUUUAAGGUUUAGCUUUUGUUUGCUUCACUCUCUCUGGAAACGAAACGUUUUCAUUAACAUUUUAAGCCUACUAAACGAGUACCACUUGAAAGUUCGUUAAUCGUAACAGGAAUACUUGAACCGUUCAGUAUCUCUUUGUCUUAUUUGAAAACAUCUGAAUGUACAUGUAACUCUGAGAAAACAUAAUAAAAAAAAACUUAAGUAAAAAUCAUAAUGAAUCAAUUUCCUAAUGCAAAUAUAUUAAUUACAGGUAUCCGAUUUGUGGCAUAUUCCGUCUAUGAAUUACCCUGUCACUGACAUUUCAUAAUAGAGUAUCUGAGAAUUUCUUAAAUGUCACUCACUUAAGACAAUGAUUUGUCACCGGUAACAAAAUAUUUAGCUCAACAACGUAGAAAAAAGGAUAUCUUUAAUGGGACGAAAAGGUUGGAGCUAAGUUAGAUAAUUCAAGUGUGGUAUUCACGUGGUAUAGACUCCAAUCCGAUUAGUCCCUAUCUAGCCUCUUACCGAGAUAAUUCAAGGUGGCCAUAAGAAAAACUAGUGAACUAAUGAUAUUUAACGAUGAUGGGGUGCUUAUUAAUUCAGUGUUAGUUAACAUCUGUGUAUUUGUCCUAAUUGCGACUCAUUCCAACGUGUCUCAUUUUCGACACCACUUUUAGCUUUCCCUCGCAUAUAUUUUUCAGGAGUGAGAAAUGGCAUUCUGUCGGCCGGGAAGUGGUGUCUCUUUUGUGUGUUUUACUCUUUAAUCUUUUAUUACUCUUCAGUUUCAUAAUUAUGACAAUAAUAAUCAUAAUCAUAAUCAUAAUCAUAAUCAUAAUCAUAAUCAUAAUCAUAAUAAUAAUCAUAAUUUUUUUUAAUCUUAAAUAAUAAUUAAUAAUUUCAUUCAACUUUAGAAAAAUAUGUACAUAAUUUACAGAAAUAUUUGGAGUAAGAAUUAAGCACUAUAUAACAUUAAGAAGAGUAUAAAUAAUAAAAAUAGCGAUCACUGUGUCAAUAACGAUUUCACAAAAACAUUUUUUCGGGCUCAGAUGCGGUCACUAACUCUUGCAGGCAGUCCAGAGUUUUAAAUUAAGUCAUUACAGUAUGUUGCCCAGUAUCCGGACACUUAAAACAAAAACUCAAUUUUUGAGGCGCCCUUUUCAUUUCUCGGCAAACGAAGGGUUUCGAAUGAAAGCUGAACAUUUCACCUUUGAGAUGAAAGUUUUGGCGAGUUUAAAGCUUGCGAAACAGUCGCAGAAGACGCCGUACUGUUCAGGUGAGUACACUUUUCGUGGCUAAUAUUUACCCUGUUUACUGCGCAGUAAAAUUAGUGCUGCUCAGAAAAGGGUAGGUAAUAUGUGGUAUUUUCAAAAAGACUGUUUUAUAUUUAACGUGAAGAUACUUCAAGAAGUCAGGUUCUCAGAAAGUUUAUUAAUUCUUCGUGAAAUUCGAUUUGUUUGGAAUAACGGAGGUAAGAAACAUUCACUAAGUACUGAUUUCAGGUGCCCAGUAUCCGGACAGUUUUUUUCUUUGCCGUACAGAAUCGAUGAAUUAGCUGCGUACAUUAUCCGGAUAAGAUUUAUUUCAUAUCUAUAACUAUAAUUAAAGCUAGAAUAUAUGAUUGUUACGAAAAAUUGUAUUGCGUGACUAGCGUGACUUUCUAGAAGCUUCGCGAGAGUUCAUAGUUUGUUUAUUUUAGGAUCUCGUGUAAGCCUUUCUAAAAGCGGUAUAUUUUGUAAUCUUUCUAUAAUUAGGCUAUUUAGAAAGUUCUAGAAUCUUAUUGUAAAAGUAUAUAAGUAGGCGAGUCCGAGUUAAGUUUUAACUAGUUUUCACAAGCGAGAAGAGUUCGACGUUAGUCGUGUUUACUCAAGUGUGACGGAAGCAGUGUUUAUUCAAGUUGGCGGAGGCCGUGUAAGUUUAUCAAGAUUAAGUGAAGUUGGCGGUGGCCGUGUAAGUUUAUCGAGUUGA